UCUCUUCACCUCUCCCUCCACCCACCCCUCCUUACCGCCUCCCCCGCCAAAACAGCAGCCAUGCUUCUCUACGAGGAUAUCCUGACCGGCGACGAGAUGUUCUCCGACGCCUUCCCCAUCAAGCUCGUCGACGACACCGUCUACGAGGUCGACUGCCAGAUGAUCGUGGUCAAGGAGGGCGACGUCGACAUUGGCGCGAACCCGUCGCAGGAGGAGCAGGAUGAGGCCAUCGAGAACGGUGCCCAGCAGGUCAACAACGUCGUCCACUCCUUCCGCCUCCAGUCGACCCAGUUCGACAAAAAGUCCUACUUGACGUAUCUCAAGGGCUACAUGAAGGCCGUCAAGGCCAAGCUCGCCGAGACCAACCCUGACCGUGUCUCCGCCUUCGAGAAGGGCGCCGCCGACUACGCGAAGAAGAUCAUCGGCAACUUCAAGGACUACGAGUUCUACACCGGCGAGAGCAUGAACCCCGACGGCAUGGUUGCCCUCCUCAACUACCGCGAGGAUGGCACGACCCCGUACUUCACCUUCUGGAAGGAUGGCCUCAAGGAGGUCAAGCUCUAAGCGAUCGCGACCGAUCGUCUUCGGCUUGGGCUUCACCGUCUUAUCGUCCCGGAUGGUCCACCACGACCGAUGCCCUGCGCGUAGUGCACUGCGCACCGCAUCGUUGCAUCUCUACUGUAACACCCG